AGUGCGUAAUACUUUAAAUAAACAAACAGAUCGUUAUGCAAAAACUUUUAUAUUAAAUUGUAAAUAUUUGAGAUUAAUUCCGGGUGCAUAAACAAUUUAAUUAUUUGCUUAUAACAAUUCUUUUCCGACAAAAAAAGCGGGGAUGUACGAAUUUUGUGAGUCUUUGACUAUCAUGUCUCAUCGAUUCGUCAGCUAUCUUAUCGCUGACUUAUGCACUCUACCGUAGAUUAGGCUUCGUGCGAUAAGAUAAAACAUUCUGUACAGAACUUUCUUCACUUUUCCACUUCAUUUGUGCAAAAUCAAUCGAGGUGUGAAAUUCAAGUUACUGUUGGUGACUUCUUGGAUGAAUAUUCAACGUAGGCUGGAAAGAACUUUCUACAACAACUUCAUGGCAACUAUUCCUGUCUAUAAUCCCCUGAGCCCUUUCUUGGGCCUCAUUCCCGGGGGCUUCCGCGUUGGUCAGAUGAUCAGGAUCAAGGGUGUGCUCAACUACUAUGGACAUAGAUUCCAGAUAAACAUCCAAUCAGGUCCAGCUCUCCGUCCUCGAGACGAUGUAGGGCUUCACAUGAGCAUCCGUCCGCAAGAGCAUGUAAUUGCUCGGAAUACUAUGACAAACAACACCUGGGGCUCAGAAGAAAGGCAUGGAGGAUGUCCCCUAAAUCCUGGUCAGACCUUCGAUAUUCUCAUUUUAGCUGAACAUUCCUGCUACAAAGUGGCCAUCAAUGGGAUUCACUUCUGCGCCUUCAAUCAUCGGUUGUCCCUGGCCAGGAUGCAGUUUAUCUCAAUCGAUGGAGAAGUCACGAUCCAUUCAAUCACGCAAGAAGGUGACACCAGUGGUGGGGCUCCUAUUGCACACCCAAUGCCCGUUCCUGCUCAUACUGCACCUCCUUACACUCCUACACCUUAUCAACCUCCUGGAGGAGCCUAUGGGGGUGCUUAUGGCAAUCCCUACGGAGCAGCUGCACCAACUCCUCCACCUCCACCGCCCCCAUACAGCCCUUAUCCUCAUUCCGGUUACGGUCAGCCUGGCGUUAUCUACCAACCGAAUCAACCAAUGAACAGAACCGUGGUUUCACCAGGGAUGGCUUACGGUGCUGGAAAUCAGCAGUUUCAGAAGAAAAAAUCAAAUAAGGCUUUGAAGUACGCGGCGGGAGCGGCUGGAGUUGGAGCCGGAAUCGGACUCACAGCCCUGGCUAUUUCCAGCAUCGCUGGCGGAGGAGGUGGAGAUGACGAUGGGGGCGACGAUGGCGGAGACUUCGACGUUGAUUUCUAAGAAUCCAAAAAAACCCUAAUCCUUUUACUUUGUUGAUGAAUUUAUUUUACUAAAAAUAAUUAUGUGUAUAAAUGAGAAAUAAAAAGGUAUUUUGUGUAUAA